GUGAGAGAUAUGAGGAAGGAAGGGAAGUGAUCAGGCAUAGACACUGGCAGCCAUCAGGAGUUCGAACCUCUUUGAUAGCAGGAGGCAGGAAGAAAGGACAGAAGUGGCACUGGCUGUGAUGGGGCUCUUGCUGGGCCUGUUGUUCCUGGGCCACCUAAUGAUGGUCACCUAUGGCUAUCCCAUCCUUGAAGCUCCUGAGAGUGUGACAGGGCCUUGGAAAGGGGAUGUGAAUAUUCCUUGCACCUUUGCUCCUCUGAAAGGCCACACCCAAGUCUUGGUAAAGUGGCUGGUACGACGUGACUCAGAUCCAAUCACCAUCUUCCUACGUGACUCCUCUGGAGAUCAUAUCCAGCAAGCAAAGUACCGGGGCCGCUUGCACAUUAACCACGAGGUUCUAGGAGAUGUGUCCCUCCAACUGAAGACCCUGGAGAUGGAUGACCGGAGCCACUACACUUGUGAAGUCACUUGGCAGACUCCUAAUGGCAACCAAGUGGUGAGAGAUAAGAUCAUUGAGCUUCGCGUCCAGAAACUCCCUGUUUCCAAGCCCACAGUGACAACUGGCAAUGGCUAUGGCUUCACAGUGCUCCAGGGAAAGAGCAUUAGCCUUCAAUGCCAGGCUCAGGGUUCUCCUCCCAUCAGUUAUGUUUGGUACAAGGAACAGACAAACAACUCAGAACCUAUCAUAGUAACAACCUUGAGUACCUUACUUUUCAAGCCUGCAUUGUUGGAUAAUUCAGGCUCCUAUUUCUGUACUGCUAAGGGCCGGGUAGGCUCUGAGCAACGCAGCAACAUUGUGAAGUUUGUGGUCAAAGACUCCUCAAAGCCAAACAAAACCAUGACUGAGGCACCUACAACCAUGCAAUUCUCUUCAGAAAUAAUGCCCACAGUGAACUCAUCCUGGAGCUGGACCACUGAAGUGCAUCACCACCUUGGGGAGAGCAAUGCUGGACCAAGAGAGGGCCUGCCUAUCUUUGCCAUAAUUCUCAUCAUUGUCCUGUGCUGUAUAGUUGUCUUCAUCAUGACUUAUAUAAUGCUCUUCCGGAAGACAUCCCAGCAAGAGCACGUCUAUGAAGUGUCCAGUGGGCUCUUGGGCCAUAGGGUGCGUGCCAGGGAGACCAGCAACUCUGGCGAAACCAUGAGGUUGGCCAUCUGCGAAAGUGGCCUCUCCAGCGAAGAGCCAGCUACCCGGACUCCAGGCAAUGACUACUCUGAUGAACCCUGUCUGGACCAGGAGUACCAGAUCAUCGCCGAGAUAAAUGAUGACUACACUCAUCUGCUGCACACAGUUCCCCGGGAUUAUGAGCUCCUGACCAUCAAGGGCAAGAGUGUCUGCUAAAACUGCCCUACUAGUUUGCUGACAUGAUUAUCUUUUAACCCCUGCUUUCUGCAUGGUCCCCUUAUCUUCCUGGCUAUCCCAGCAUGUCUUAUCUGCCAACAUUCAUAUUUCUAAGUAUGACUGGCUUUGCGUAAGCCCUAAGAAGUUGUCAUGUGCACACAUGCAAUCCUGUUUCUGAGUUGGGCUCUGAGCCUUUCCAGUAUCUCUGCCUGGGGCUUUUGCUGCUUCUCUCCAAGCACCAGAGGGAAGUUCCCAUAGCACUAAGACACCAAUUAACUUUGGCCUCUUGUCACUGUAAGACCAGAGAGAGGCUCAGCUCUGCCAGCUCAGGAGAUCAGUUAUGUUCAUAAUCACUUAUUUUUCCCCCAGGCCAUAAUUGUUUUUAAUUGUGAUUGUCAUAUAACAUGCCAGGGUUCAGUUCUGCUCUUACGCUGCAAGUCUAUUACUCUGAUAUUCUUUUGGUGCUUAAUAAAUAUCUAAUCAUAAUA